AUGAACUACCUCAUCCCUUUACGCUUCGGUGCUCCCAAGAAGACGCAAGCACCAACUGGAUUAUACAAGGCCGAGGCUUACAACGCUCAAGUACGCCGAAACCUCAAGCUUCCAGAGAAGCCAGCGAAGUCCCUACCCGACUUGCCCCAGUCGCCCACGGUGGUGCCAAUUCCCAUGCGGACGCCCUUGACCAGGCGCCCACAGUAUGCCGCUGAACUUCGCGACCAGUCAGGUCCAAGUUCGAAAAAGACGUGGUGCACUGAGUCCCUGAGCGAGGAAGGCCUAGCCGAGCUCUUCGGCCGCAUCCACCGCCAUUUCGGCCACAUCCGGUACGCCAUCUGCGGUCUCUCCUGCAUGAUCGACCACGGCUUCCAAGGUCGCGCUGUCGCCGUAAGCAGCAUCCUCUGCCCUGUCGAGUCCAAAGACGUCAUCAAGUCGUGGGCUGCGUCAUGGGGAUGCGACACGCAGCGUACGCCGCAGGACAGUAUCUUCAUCACGAUGAAAGACGGCUCGGUGCGUCGUGUGCGGGUUAAGUAUCUUGAGCACGGCUUUGAGCGGCUCCAGCUCCAGGAGAGCCGCAUCAGUAGCGCCACGGUGCUCAGCCUCGCCAGCCAGAUCGAGUACUUCACUGAAGCCCUCAUCAAACACGGUCCUAACACCCCUGACAAGCAUCACCGCAAUACGGCCCAGGGUUCCUUGAGCGACGUCAUGUGGUGUCUGCGCCAUGCGGCUGAUACCCGUGCUGCCCUGCACCCCAGCUACAUGGAGUCGUUCCUCAGCGACCCCUUCUUCACACUCUUCACUGACGCGCAUGAGGACGCCAAGUUUGAGAUGCAGCGCGCGGGGAUUGACGUCGCGAGCGUGCUGGCCUCGAUCCGGCAAGCGGCCGAUAUCCGCGAGCACGCCGAGCUACUCAGAUCGGCUGGCGUUUCGCCGGCCGCCGAUGCCCUGGCCCCUGUCCAGCAACCUAGGAUGUUCCAUGGGACGAACCGUCUCGGUGACGAGAAGCCGACGCCGGUCGCGGGGAAGAAGGAUAGCAUCUAUACGCUUCGGAGCAAGGGCAGCCGCACUGAUGUCAGCACUAACCCCACUGCUGGCUCGCUGCAGGAGUCGACUAGCACGGCGGCGCGGAUACUACUGCUGCAGCGCGCUAUGAAGACGAGGAGGCCGCCCCUGGUUGGACGGCAUCAUCAGAGAACCGUUUCUAUCGAUUCAGUGUCGGAGCGUGUGUCGGUUGAUCUUGUGAGUGGCAGGAACACGCCGGCUGACUGGUUGUGA